UGUUCAAUUGCAAGUCGACGACGGUGCCACUAAGGUCUUGUUUGCAACACGUUCCUUCACUAGUUCAGUCUCCUUCGAGGGUUUCCGAAACGUUUAUAUGUACAUCGUUAUUAUUAGUUUUGUACUUUUUAUUAUAAUCGUGUAAUAGGUACUUCGAUAUUGUACGAUAUUGUACAAGAAGAGAACCGGCAUCGAUUCAUUGUUCUACUACAUCGCGAUCACCACUGUAUCCAUUCUAGGGACAUUGUUAUAUUAUCUGUUCGAUCCGUUGGAAUUUUUCGGGACCACAAGGUUUAGUCUAUCUGGAAAUUGUAAAAUCUAAAAGAAAAUGGAAAUGUAUUGUGCACCUCAAAACAAUGUUUUAUACUGCGACUACUACACGCCUACACCUAUACCCAGAUAUCCAUCACCAUAUUCUCAAUCAUCAUAUAAUAUGUCCAGUACAUCAAGUUAUUCGCAAUCAUCAUUUUCACCAAUGUCAUCGCCUUACACUCCACCAUCUCAGACUUCCGAGUCAUUUACAAAUGGAAAUGAUAAUGUAUUCAAAUUUCCUUCAAUAAUUCAAGACCAAUAUAUACCUACACGUGAAGAUUUGAUUUGCGCUACUAUAGCUAGAGCAAAAAACUUGAUUGAAAUAGAAGAAAUUGGUCAGCGUUUGAUUUCAGUUGAUAAAAGACAUGUUAUUCAAAAUAACGGUCAAAAAACAUUAUUGUCAACAAUUAAACAAGAACCAAAACGUGGUAGUGAGCUAUAUGUUGCAUUACCAAAAGCUUGUUUGGAAGGAUUUCUCUAUGCUAUUUUUUCACAGUUUGGAACUGUUCAUCAAAUCCGAUUAAUGAUGCAUUUCUCUGGUUCAAAUCGUGGAUACGGUUAUGUAAUGAUGAGGAGCCCUAUGGAAGCCGAGAUGGCGCUGGCUAAACUGAACGAGCUCACUCUUCCUGGUAUCAGAGGUCACUUAUUAGUGAGUAUGUCUACUGAUAAUAGGACAUUAUUUGCCAGAAACAUACCCAUGGAUUUAUCCGAAGAACAAUUGCAAACAGAAUUUGAAAAACGUGUAGAAGGCGUAAAAAAAGUGCGAGUUUUUAAUAACACAGAUGAUCCUAGCAAAAAUAGAGAGUUUUGUUUUGUAAUAUUCAAAGAUCACAGAAGUGCGGCUUUAGCUCGCCGCUCGAUGGCAGAAAGUCCAUUUUUCAUAAAUGGAGUUUCAAUUAAAAUUCAAUGGGCAGAAUCUGAACCAGUUUUUCGACACUCAGUUUUGAUAAGAAUGAAACAACUACAUAUUAGGAACAUGAAUGUCCAUACAACAGAAGAAGAUAUAUGGAAAAUUGUAUGUGAGCAUGUUACACCGAAUAAUAUUGUGUUUAUUAAGAAAAAUAAUACAUGUGCUAGAAUAAAAUUUAUUCGUCACGAAUAUGCAGAUAUUGUACGGAAAAAUCUAGAUGGUAAACAAGUUCAUGGAAUUAAUUGGAUAGUGAUGUGGGACAAAAUAGAAGGAACCAAAUAUGAAUGUGAAGGAUAUUUUAAUCAUUUAAGUAUAUAACCUUUAUAGUAAUUAUUUAUACUAUAUAUAUCUUGUUAAUUCAUUUGUUAAUCCAAAAUUAUUUAAUCAAUACUGCAUAAAUUCCUAAAAUACUCAUAGAUUUCUAGUUUCCAAAAUGUUUACUUUUUAAUUUAAUAACUGAAUAACUUACCGACAUC